AACCCACCCGCACCCAUUUCUCUUGCAUGCACCAUCAUCUCAUCCCUCUUCCGCUUCUCCUCCUCCCUAUCUCUCUCAGACAAGUCCCAAGCAUACACAGCUCUCAUGGCAGUUGAAGCUCACCAUCUUCACCUCUUCCCUUCCCAACUCCUAAGGAACAGGGAAAUCAUUAAUGGUGUAGAGGACCAAUCGGGCUUCUACAACACGCAAUUGGGAUUCUUUGCACCGGCCUCCGGCGCCACCGCCAGCUCUUAUAUCCCCUUCUGCAGCAGCCCAUCUGCUCCGAUGACCGCCGCCACCACGUCUGAAAGCGGUCUCACCUUCAACAACUUCCACGCCGCCAUGGCUUCGAGGAAGCGGCCGCGAGACUGGGAUCGACAGCUUUCCUUCCUCGGCCAAGAUUUGUCCUCCCACAUCCAGCAGCAGAUGCUCGACGUUGAUCGCAUCAUCCUGCACCACGCUGAGAAGGUGAGGGUGGAGCUAAUGGAGGGGCUCAAGCGGUUCCUGAGGGGAAUCCUCGCCGCCGUAGAAGAAGGCCUAUCGAAGCGGCUCGAAUCCAAAGAAGAAGAGAUCGCGAGAGUGAGCAAGCUGAACUGGGCACUGGAGGAGCGCAUCAAGACCCUGUGUGUCGAGAACCAGAUGUGGCGGGACUUGGCGCGGAGCAACGAGGCGGCCGCCCAAGUCUUGCGGACCAACCUCGAACAGGCCCUGGCGGAGGCGCAGGUCAAAGCCGAGGAAGAGGCGGCGGCGAUCGCCGCCGAUGACGCCGAGUCCUGCUGCUUCGGCGACAAUGCGGGCGGCGAGAACAGGGAUCCAGCGGCGGCGGAGGCGAAGAGAUCGGGGCUGAGAAGGGUGUGCAGGUGUUGCCAAGCGCAGGAGCCGUCGGUGCUGCUGUUGCCGUGUCGGCACCUCUGCGUGUGCGCGGCCUGCGGCCCGGCCGUCGUCGUCUGCCCGAUCUGUAACUGCAACUCCAAUGUGCUAUGAGAAUUAUUGGUUUCUUCGGUGCCGCUCACGUCGCAUGUGACCCGUUUCACCCACCUACGUUAUCGUCUUCCUCUGAGGCACGGGUUUCCAGGCCAAGGGACGUAACAGGAAGCACCAGAUCCACGUGCCGGGUGUGGUGUCCGCGGGCACGUCACACGUGCCCCAUCACUCCGAGGUAGGAAACGUGAAUCGGCCCCUGCUCCCCUACACGGCCAUGCCACAUUUAAUCCACGCCUUGGACCGUGUCAGAUCAGAUGCACAGCAAUCAAUAAUCUUGUCUGUUGUUUCCUGUGCAUCUUUCUG